AUGUCGGGCCCCGGGCAACCGGAGCCGCCUCAGGCGGGCGGGCCGGCGGGCCCCGAGGGCGCGGACGCGGCGCUGGGCGAGGCGGGGCUGAGUUUCACGACCACCGACCUGAGCCUUGUGGAGAUGACCGAGAUCGAGUACACGCAGCUGCAGCACAUCCUCUACUCGCACAUGGAGGCGGCGGCGGCCGACGGCGAGCUCGAGACGCGCCUCAACUCGGCCUUCCUGGCGGCGGCGGCGCCGGGCGCGGCGGCGGGGGGCUUCGCGGCGGCCGGGGGCGCGGCGGCGGGGGGCGCGCCGCCCGUGUACCCGAUGCUGUGCCCGCCUGCGCUGGCCGAUGGCGGCUUCGCGGGCGCCAACCAGUGCCUGGGUCACAUUGACUUCCAGGAGCUGCGCAUGAUGCUGCUGGGCGAGGCGGGCGCGCCGCCCGCCGCCGAGAAGACGCCGUGCGCCGACGGCCCGGGCGCCGGCGCACCCCGGCCCAAGGCGCCCGACGGCGCCGGCAAGGAGAACGUGGAGGGCGCGCCCGAGGCGCGGGCCAAGUCGGCCGUGCGCGUCCGCCUGGAGGACCGCUUCAACAGCAUCCCAGCCGAGUCCCCGCCAGCCCCGCGCGGCGCGGAUCCCCCCGAGCCCGGCAUGGCGCUCAACAAUUUGGUAACUCUUAUUCGCCAUCCAUCCGAAUUAAUGAAUGUUCCUCUCCAUCAGCAACAAAACAAAUGUACAACAUUAGUGAAAAAUAAAACUGCUGCUGCAGCCACUGCUCUGCAAUUUACAUACCCUCUGUUUACUGCAAAUAGUUGCUCUGCUAGUGGAAAUUCUAAUCUUUCACAAACACAGAGUUCUAGUAACUCAUGUUCUGUACUUGAAGCUACCAAGCAUCAGGAUAUUGGAUUGCCGAGAGCAUUUUCUUUCUGCUAUCAGCAAGAAAUUGAAUCCACUAAACAGACUUUGGGUAGUAGAAACAAAGCUUUGCCUGAGCAGGUUUGGAUUAAAGUAGGAGAAGCGCUGUGUAAGCAAGCAAUAAGCAAGAGGAGUCGGAGUAGGAUACGUCAGCUGGACACAAACCUAGAACGAAGAGCCCUGGGAGAGCUCCAGAAUGUGGGUGAAGGCUCCGCAGCAGCGCAGGGUGCCUGGCAGUCGGUGGAGUUGUCCCAGGCCACCUUCGGGGAGCAGACCCAGAGCGGGCCCCAGCGGGGCCGGUCCCAGCGCAGGGAGAGGCACAACCGCAUGGAAAGAGACAGAAGGCGCAGAAUCCGCAUUUGUUGUGAUGAGUUGAAUCUUUUAGUCCCGUUCUGCAACGCCGAGACGGAUAAGGCGACGACGCUGCAGUGGACCACAGCGUUCCUGAAGUACAUUCAAGAAAGACACGGGGAUUCUUUCAAAAAGGAAUUUGAGAGUGUAUUUUGCGGUAAAACUGGCAGAAGGCUAAAGUUGACCAGACCAGACUCCUUGGUGACGUGUCCCACACAGGAGAGUACAGAGUAGCCCAGCUAUGGAGACCAAGGGACUGACUGGAUGUGAGCACUGAUGUCUGGGAAGCAAACGGCUGUUCCUUCGUGACCCAUAAACAUUUCCUAGGACCCUGGAACUCAGCUCUGAUAGUCUGACUCUAAAGGGACAUGAUUCAGCUGAUGGGACUCCAAUGGGGACUUUGAAAGCACAUUCUGUAAAAAUAUUUAUCUAAAACAAAAUGCUUACCGAUUAACGUCCUCUUAGACCAUUUGGGGAUGAAGACAUCUUGACAAUUAGUAAGUAAUUUUUCAAUUAUCUGUCUGAUUCCAUCAUGUUUUCUUAACAUGAUAACUUGAAAAAUUAACAUCCUUUGUAAUUUCUUUAGUCUUAGAAGGUACAUUGCUUUUUACUUAUUUUAUUUACAUUUUAAAUAUGCCCCCUUAGCAACUAGAACAAGUUAAAUUGUUCUUAACUGUAAGUAAGACAUUUUAUUUCAUUUGUCUGUCGCUUCCCCUUGUAAUGAUUUCUAGCUGCAUAGAACUGUAUUGCAAAAUGCAGUCCUAUUUUAAACCUUUCUGCUAGAAAUUUUCCAGAGAUCUCCUUUAAAGGUACUUGUGUCCGUAAAUGAAAUACUUGCUGGAUAUUAGAUUGCUUCAAUGCCCUCAUUUUCGUAUUGAGAGUCAUUACUUUCUGUGUAAUAAACUGUAGUGUUUGGAACUGAGGUUUUCAAAUGAGUGGCUUUAUUUGUUACAAUAGACCUUAGUGCAGUACAGUCACUUGCAAUAAAUACUGUCAAUGGGAGAUAGUUAAACGUUUGUACACAAAGGAGGCGGGUAAAUCAGGCGAGACCUUUGUAUGGAAGGGAUACUGUACAUUAAAUUCUUUAUUUUUUUGGUAAUACUGUGGCCAGUCAUUAAUCUGAAGAUUUCGUAUAUCAUUUUAUUGAAAUGAUAUCUUAGCCUUUACACAAAUGCCAUGUAAACAAGUUGCUGAGUAUUUUUUUCUCUCGUGAAAUUGCACAAACCUUUCUCUAUGUGCACCC